AGGGCGUUUGGCGCUCGGGCAGGCCUGUUUGCAUUGAGCGGAAAUGGGUGCCCUGCAAGGAGCAGCAGUAGGUUUUGGCAUUGCCCCCCAAAAUCCACCAAAGUUUACCACCACCACCACUCCUGUCUCUUCCAUGGAAACUUCCCUCUUUCUCUCUCCUCUUCGACGCAAACUCACCACCCGUUCCUGUACCAUCUCCGCCAAGUACGUGCGACCAGACUAUCUUGUGAAAAAAGUAUCAGCAAAAGAAGUGUAUGAAUUGGUGCAAAGCAAGAGGACUGUUCCUCUCGUCAUAGAUUUCUAUGCCACAUGGUGUGGUCCCUGCAUUCUCAUGGCUCAGGAGCUUGAGAUGCUUGCUGUGGAGUACGAAAAGAAUGUGACAAUUGUCAAGGUAGACACAGAUGAUGAAUACGACUUUGCACAUGACAUGCAGGUUCGGGGGUUGCCAACGCUGCUGUUUGUGAGCCCAAAUCCUGAUAAAGAGGCCAUACGAGCUGAAGGACUUAUCCCAAUACAAAUGAUGAGAGAGAUUAUUGAUAAGGAGAUGUGAAAUUCUCUUUCUUAUGAAUGUUAAAUGUGAAGGUCCUUUUCUUUUUGAUAUUAUUGAUCAGAUGUGAAUCUCUGUCUCUCAUAGUGAUAGAGUGGUCUACAAGCUUUUCCUCUACGACUCCAUCCCAAGGUCCGAGGGCCUCUGAGGCCAUAAAUAU